UGUGUCACGACGCGACAAAGCAGAAAUCAUAAUGUUGAAAGCUUUGGUGGGCUUGUUUCUGUGUGUCUGCCUGGGCGCAGGACAGGCACAAGUGGCCUAUGUAGGUCAUCUGUCUGAGCUGCGGAUCAAGGAACUCCAGGAUAUGGCCAUACGCUUAAAUAAUUCCAUCAAUUCGCAAAAGUAUGCUUGCGAAAGUUAUUUUGAUUAUGUUUGCAGUGAGAAUCGUCCAUUGUUCUCUGUCAUGGGUCAUAUGCCUCCGAUAAGUGCGCUCAUCGAGCUGCUCACCGAGCUUCAAAACGAUCCACAGAAAUUUGAGGCCAAGCAGAAGCUGAUGGAUUUUUUCAUCUCUUGUAAUGCGCAUCGAGCUCUAGAAGACUGCUAUCGCGAGACUUUCGAGUACUUUAAGCCCUUGUUUGGAUACGUUAUAACCAAGGAUCUGGUGAAGGAAAGCGCUGAAAUUAAGGACUUUUUGAAAGUCUUGGAGCUAUUUGUGAAUAGGACUAGGAUCAACUUUGGAGCCCAUUCGCAUCCUCUGAUCAACAAACUGUCAACAUAUACGGAAAAGUUUAAGACACCGCGUGUCUAUUUUCAUGCUGGAGACUUAAAUCGCGAAUAUGCGGCUUUACGCAUUUAUAGAGAGAGCUACGAGCACAAUGUACGUAAUUUGGAGGCGCAUCGCAAACGAAACUCCACUUAUGAAUUGGGUGUCCAAAGAACAAUGCUAGACUGGAGCCUUUAUAUAUACCAGAGUCGCUACAAACCAAUGUCCUACUAUCAUUCCACUUUCACAGUUCAUCUCUAUAUGACGCUUUUCAAUAGCACGGAAAGACAUCGCGAUUUCACACGGUUCCGGGAGGAAAUCGAAUGCCUGAAAUUACCACAGUUUGUGCACGUAUUGGACGAGGCCAGGAUGUUGGCAGUAAUAUAUUUGAAGAGCUUUAGAUUCGCUUGGCAGGACUAUAGCGACUGGAUAGUUUCAGAGACAGAAAAUCGCGAAAUUUACGAUCAUGAGAAUAAUAUACUAAAGGAUUAUCAUUUGAGCAAUAAGCGAAUCUUCUUUACCCUCUACGCGCAGAACUUUUGUGAGUUCGGUAAGGAUUUGGCCGAAAGCGUUUUCUAUCUUGGCCUUAAGCAGAAUGUGGAUUUCUUUAAUAUAUAUUCCUGUGGCUAUCAAUCGGAGAUUAUGAAUUGCAUAUAAAGUACAUUGACAAACUGUUUAAACAUAUUCAUUAAAAUAACAAAUAUAAG